ACGUACGCACUGGGACUUAAAUCGACUGCAACGCGAAUAAUGAUGAUUUCUACUGCUCAGCUCGGGUUCCUGUAUUUUUCAGUUCUCGGUGCUCUCGUCGCUGGAAUUGCAACUAAUAACAGACCGAUCAUAGGUGUAUUAGCACAGACAUCAUAUGACCAUCUCUUAGACUAUGGACCAUCGUAUGUAGCAGCGUCCUACGUCAAAUUCCUGGAAUCUGGUGGUGCUAGAGUAGUACCUAUAGCUGUCAACCAAUCACUUGAGUACUAUGAACAUUUAUUACAUUCUAUCAAUGGAGUGCUACUCCCUGGGGGUGAUCAGGCAUUUGACACUUCAACUUAUAGCAAGUCUGCCAAAAUCAUCAUGAACUUGGCAAUGAAGGCCAAUGAUAAUGGUGACUAUUUCCCUAUGUGGGGUACAUGUCUCGGCCAUGAAUGGAUGAUUUUUGAUAUAGCAGAGAAGUUUGUAUUUAUGGACACCAAUAGUACUAACGUGAAUUUUAAGUUGAAAUUUGCAUCAGAUUUUCAGACUAGUCGCUUAUUUAAUUCAGCACCAGAAAGGCUUGUUAAAAUCAUGGCAAACAAAGCUGUAUCUUUCAACUACCAUGAAACUAGUCUGACCAUCAAGAACUACACAAAGGAUGAGAAACUUACAAAGUUUUUUCGAAUUCUAACAACCAGUCUAGAUGAGAAUGGGAUGGAGUUUGUUUCUACCAUGGAAGCAUAUAGAUACCCAUUUUAUGGUGUUCAGUGGCAUCCAGAGAAAAAUAACUUUGAGUGGAUGUUAGAACAGUAUAUCAACCAUUCUGAGGAGGCGGUGCUGGUCACACAAUAUUUGGCAAACUUCUUUGUGCAAGAAGCUCGUAAAAGUGCUCACAAGUUUUCCAGCCAGUCAGAAGAACUCGCUGCACUGACCUACAGUUACACACCGGUGUACACUGGCUCAAAUACAAACUUUCAACAAUGUUACUUUUUGAAAGAGUAAAUAGCACUCUCCUUGGAUUACAUUGAUUAAUAAUAAUAUUUUAUUUACACAACACUGACACAGAAAUCUAGAGCAGUACGGUCUCAAAAAACAACAACUGCAAGUUAACAUUGUUUUUCCUUUUUUCAUUGAUAAUACUAAUUAUUAGUGUUUUAAAGCGAAGGCAUUAUCACCCAUGAAAGAACAGGAAUUGAGUCAUAAGUGAUCAUACC